GAGGGUCGAUCGCAGUGGACCGGGCGCAUGCGCCAGUCCCUGGAGAGCAGCUCCGAGCCAGCCCGUGAAAACGGUACCCCCUCGGUGCAUCGUUAUCCGGAAAGGCAACGACGACGGGAGAAACAAGUCGCGGGGAGGAAGCAUCGACCAGUAAGAGAUACCACCGAGAAAGCCACCGCCGGCGCCUCAUGCUCCUCGACAUCGUUGUCGUCGCCGCCGGCGCUUUCCUCGCCGUCUUCUUGCGCGUCCUCGCGCCGUUCGAGCUCCCCACUGUCAAGCACCUCGUCACCAGUGCGCUCCACCACCUCGUCGGUCACGAGCGAUCCGCUGGUGAUCAAACCAGCGGCUAGAAGCGGGCAAAGAAGCACUCCCGAUCACAGCGACGACGGGAUUGGGAAGCGGAGGCAAAACGCCACAGAGACAAAACGAGACAACGGUGAGACGACUCAUGGAACGACGGAAACGACGACGUCGGUAUCGACCUCCUCUUCGACCACUGUGUCUUCCUCGCCAUUCCCCUCCCCCGUGUCCACGUCCUCCACGUCGUGCCGAACGGCAACGACGCCGCGCGGCCACGGUGGCGAUCACGGCGUUGCGCACAUCUCGUCCUCUUCGUCCGCGCUUGAGAGGCUGAGAAGUGCUCUGGAGAAUUACGACCGUAGUCGAAUCUACCUCGCCCACGUUUGCUAUUUGGAUUGGCGGGAUCUGCCGGGGCCACCAUCGGACACGAUUGUUGGUGGCCGGCCGCCACUGGCGACCACGUUGUCUACGCAAGGUCAACAUGCUGAGCCAACCAGUGGUGUACGCUGGCGGUGGCAGGGGUUCUUAACUUCUGAUCUAUUUCUAUGGUGGUUUCAUCGUGAAUUUGCUGUCACGGCGAUGGCGAUGCAUCCUGACGGUGCCGUGUUGGUAGCCGAAAGUGCCGAUUAUCUGCCACCGGAAGGUGAUUGCGUCGCUGCAGACGGUCUUGUACGACUGUUUGUUGUACCGAAGGAUUGCAUGGAAACGCGACUGGUGGUCCGAGAGUUGAGAGUGCGUCUGGCGUCAGGUAUAUUAUCGAGAGUACGCUGCAGCAUUUACUGCGAUAAAUUUCCGUCAGUUUUGGGCUUGCCCGAAGAGGACAGCGAUCACCGAUUAGACGCGUACUUAAAAAAAUUCACGCUAAAGGAAGCAUUCGCGGAUCUUCAUCGCGCAUGGCUCAGUGUUCGAUCGGAGACAUUUGCUCGCAGCUGGACGCUACCGCGUGAUCGCGAGGAUCAUCCGCUGGCGGGAUGCAAUGGCGCCAUAUUGCCGCCUAGAAUCCAUCCGGUGGAUCAAGAGGAGGACAGAAUGCUACUUGUCGAAUUUCAAAGUCUCGCCAGGGAGAUCGGACUGGAGAUCACCGAUGACGAACUCGGCAGUUGGAUUCUUGACGAAGAGAGCGCGCUGGCGCGGCUUGUUAGAAAAAAAGAACCAGACGAGGAACAACACUGCCGGGUCAAAAUCGAAGUAGAGACGGACAGAUGGUCGGAUCGUAAUGGAGACGAGGAAGAAGACGGGAAUGACGGCAUUGAGGAAGAUGACGGCGAGGAUGAGCCUACCGCCGAGGAGGCUGUAGGACUUCUCUCAAGAGUACUACUCUGGAUGGAAAGAGAACCUCUCGAUCCGGGACUUCUACUGGCGGUCAGAUCGAUGCGCGAUACCGCCGCACUUAUGGCGAGCAAGAUGGGCCUGGCGGGGACGCAUCCAAGCGGGUUGCCCUUCUUCUGUCCGAAUGGAGACCACCUGACGCAACCUCCUCCCGCCCAUAUGGGUAUACCACCUUACGGCGCGUUGGACGCGGGUAAGGCGGCCGCCGCGGCUGGUCUCACGAGAGCACCAAUGUACCCCUUCUCAACGGGCCAGUAUCCAUACCCCAUGCUUAGUCCAGAAAUGACGCAAGUCGCGUCCUGGCACACACCGAGCAUGUAUCCCAUCUCGCCGGCAAAUGCGGGCUUCCGAAGUCCAUAUCCCACGAUACCCAUCACAAGUUCUAGUUUACCAAGUGAUCUCUACCGGUUUUCACCGACGGGCCUUAUGCCUCCGCAUCCUGGUCUGAGUCCACACGCACACGCGCUAGCGUCACACGCGUUGGUAUCCUCAGCGCCAAAGGCGGAUCACUCCACCCUGGAUCACAAUCACAGGUCAACGAUAGAGCAGAAAAACUCCACAUCGUUACCUACGGACAACGCAAAAGCUCAGGAUACAGGACAACAAAACAAUCAAGAUAAAAAGAAACCCCAUAUAAAAAAGCCUUUGAAUGCGUUUAUGCUGUAUAUGAAGGAGAUGAGGGCGAAGGUUGUGGCAGAGUGUACCUUAAAAGAGAGUGCUGCGAUCAACCAAAUAUUAGGAAGACGAUGGCACUCGCUAAGUCGGGAGGAGCAGGCGCGGUAUUAUGAGGCGGCCAGGCAGGAGCGCCAUCUGCAUCAGCAACGAUACCCCGGCUGGAGUGCUAGGGAUAACUACGGAUAUGGCAGCAAGAAGAAGAAGAGGAAGAAAGAGCGAUCCGCAGAUCCCACCGGAGGUAAUAACAUGAAGAAAUGCCGUGCCAGGUAUGGAUUAGAUCAACAAAGCCAAUGGUGCAAACCCUGCAGACGUAAGAAGAAAUGUAUCAGAUACAUGGGGGAGGGAGGAGACGGCGACGGUGAAGCUGACGGUGAAGCUGAGGAUGAUCAUUCAGAGGAUAAUCUGGGUAGCGUAGGAGAGGCAGGGACUCCUGAGGAAGACGAAUCUUUGAGUAGUCCCGGGGGUCUGUCCGUGUUGUCUAGUCUGGCGAGUCCUUCGUUGGUCUUACCAUCACCCUCGAGUCUGGCCAGUCCAUGUCCGUGCCCGUGCCCGUUAACACCCCCGGUGCCGCCCCCGCCUCUGUCAAAUACGAACCAGCCAGCGAUGGUGACGACGACGACAACGACGACGACAACGUCGGUAGCGGCGGCGGCAGCGGCAGCGGCAGCGAUGGCAAUGGCAGGAUCGGCAGUAACAUCGGCGGCAGUGCAACCGCAACCACCUCCGCAGCCUCAUCGCAACCCCGUCGGCACGAAUCCUCACGACAUUAACAACCCGCUCAGCGUGAACCAGCUGACUGGACAGUGUAUAAAAAGCGAGCCCGCACCUUCGGGCCCUUCCAACCCGGCAAUCAGUGUUACGUAGCCCCGGCCGGACCCACGUGACCGAACUGUUGCUACACGCGGUGUCAUCUAUAGGGUCCGUCUACGUAUGCACGCGAUAAGAAGGCUGGAUGAUGAAGAAUCGACUGAAAUGAUGAUAGAAGCAAAGAGAGGAACUUGGCGAAUGAGAGACCAAAUAAGAAUCGCUUUCGUCGUUUAACGUUCCUCUCAGAAUUCCGUUCUGAUUUUGGAGGAUUUGAUAGAGGUUCAA